UUUUUCUGAUCAUAUCACUGUUAAACUAGUUUUUAAUAAUAUUGAUUCAUAGGUUUUGGAAGCCGGAGGGUGACGGGGGCGAGCCGUGGGCAUGCCCAUGGGCCCUCAUGUAGUAGCUCGUUGCCGCCAUGUGCACCAUCAUGGUGGCGAUCGCCGCCAGCAUGGCCACCAGGCCGGGGAAGGGGAACUCGCCCCACGGCUUCUCAGGCAGACAUGGACUGCCCAAGCUCUCGAACGCGUCCGGGAGCACGCCGGCGGCGAACGCCUUCACGAGGACGAAGAGGUUACUCUCCGGCGUGAACGCCGGAAACCUCCUCCCGGCCACCAGCGGGAUCGAGACGACGACCGCCCCGCUCGAAAGAAUGGAGGCGACUGCGAUGAGCUUGUACUUGAGGGCCUCCGACCGAUGUUGGCCGUCGGCGCCGGAAUCAUCGCCGCAAUCAUUGCCGGCGGAAACCCCCCAGAACCGGGAAAAUGAGGAAAGGAAGGAAGAAUAACCACGUGGAAAACUUGUUUAGGGGUAAAUAAUUAGGAAAAUAGUGAAGAAUGUGUUUAACAAAGAGAGUUUGCGAGG